AUGCAGACAUCACAGCAACAACCUCUUCAUCAGUUACCUCCGCAUCAACAGCAACAACAACAACCAUCUGUCCAGCAGUCAUCAUCCGUUGUGCAACAUUCAAUGCAACCUCAAGUUAUGCAACAGUUGCAACAUCACAUGCCGCAACAAAUGCCUCCUGGUCUUCAACAAUCACAUAUGGCGUCAUCCCAGCAAAUGCAAUCACAACAGUCCAUGCAACAAAUGCCACAGCAAUCGCUUUUGCAGCAACAAAUGGGCCAACCUUUAGUGCAACAGCAGCCACGGUCAAAUAAUAAUCAAGGUAUGGUAACUAGUCAACAGUUCGCUCAAGGAGGUGGUUCUUCUCAACAUCAGACUGGAAUGGGUGGUCCUAUGCAGAUGAGUUAUCAAGGCCAACCACACACGGGUCCACAACCUUCGCAACAACCUCGAAAUCCAAUGGGUCAGUUCGCAUCCAGAGAUGGAACGAUGAAUGUGGAGUACCAGCAAGGUACCCGCGGAGGUCGUCAGCAACUACAGAUGGGUUCGCAAGGUAGUGUGGUCCGUAAUGGAAUGCGGAGACACCAGAUGAGUGGGUCAAACCACAUAUGGACGAUCGCAGCAUGUUCCUGA